GGAGGAACGCCCUAAACGCUCUUAUUCAAUUGGAAGUAAAAUAGACAAAAACAAAAUCAAGCGAUUUGGAAAUUCAAACGAGAUUUUACAUGACACGAAUGCAGUUCGAGUCCGUGCAUUUUCUGUUGGAUCCCGGGCGAAAAUUCCUAAAUGUGAUUUACAACGUGCUGUUAUGUUCCCCAGAUCGCGCCUUAAUCAGAGUUGCAUUAGCAACAAUAGUUUGAAUUUUGGUACAGAUGAAGCUGGACAUAAGUCGGAUUUAAAUUCUAGUUGCGGCAAAAAAUCGACAAGUGCUCCUAUUUUAGUUCAAAAUUGCCCAGUUCCAAUGGAUUAUAUGAGCGAUUUAAUGGAAAUAGAUUUUUCUAAAAGUGCAAGCCACAAAGGGCAUGGUAAAGGAGCUCUCGAACGCGUCGACAGUUGCUUACACGAAUUAAAGGGACAUCUGACAUCAAAAUAUGAGAGUGAUUUUUCUGGACCUUUAUCUCUUAAAUCAAAAGACUGUAGAGAAAGUGGUUAUCUGGAAAUGAAACCGAUAGAUUGUGUAAUCGAUAAAAAAACUGCGGCUAGUUAUUCCGAGUGCUUAGUCAAAAUGCCAAAGUUGAAUGACAAUUCAACAGUAACGUUUGUAAAAAGAACGGAAAUUAAAAACACAGCACAAGGGAAAAAUGUUCCCGCAAGAAAAUCGUUGAAUACCUUAAAUGAAGUCAGUUUCAAUCAGAUAAAAGGCCGUUUGAAAGAGUCUGAUUAUUCAACCUGUGGCAACAUUGAUUACCUUUCGUCCAUUUACUCCAACCUUUGGAUACAGCCAAGUUCAAACAAUCAUAGCGAAGAAGAAAAGGGUUUUGCUGAGCUCGAUGUCAAACUCCCAAAAAAGGAAUAUAAUACAAAAAUAAUUUCAGAAAACCUUCAAAAUAACAGUGAAUAUUUAAAAGAAAAUGGAAGCAGUGAGCAAAGGUCAACUGGAAUAAUGGAGAAGUAUCUAAAUUUCGCAAGCUCAUCCUCGAUGUCGUCUGGCCAGUUAUCAAGCCGAUGCAAAUCUUCGUCGGUGAAUCCGUUUAACGACGGGCAGACUGCAAUUACUGUAGAAGGUAAUAGGGAAAAUGAAAAUUUACUUCGGAACUUUCCAAUUGACUACAAACCGCAGAUAACAAACGUGUCUAUAUCUGCAUUAGAUUGCUAUAAUUAUGAACUGUAUUAUGCCAAGUUAGAUUUGCCUCAGAGCUGUAGUAAAGAGGACGUGAAAUUCCAUAAAACCGAAAACGAUCUUUCCCCAAUUGUUAACACAGACAAUGAUUCUUAUGCCAAAAUAAAUUUUGAGCACUCUUCCGACUCAUCGUCUUCUUCUAAAACUAUAAAUAAUUAA